AUGGAACUAGAACUGAAAAAAGCUAAAACUGUGACAUUCUGUACAUUCGACUUGGACAAAGAUGAGGAUACUGUAAAGGAAAAACGGAAAUCUAUUGAAAUUGAAAACUCCAAAACUAAUAAAGAAAUGUUUGAAAAACAAAAAGAGCAAGAAGCUAAGUCGAAUGAGAAACGAAAGCAAGGAGAACUUAAAGACGCACAGCUAAUGAAGCGUCUUCUGGAACUUGAAGAUGAGGCCGCGACCAAAAUGAAACUUCUAGAAAGACAAGCUCUGGAACAGUGUGCAGCUGAAUACAAAAAGACAAAAGACGAGCUGGCUAAAUGGGAAGCAGAAUAUCUUGCUAAGAUAGAAGCUUGUCGGAGGGACCAGGAACAACUGAACUGUGAAAUCAAGAAAGUCAAUCAACAGAUUUACAAAGAACAUCAAGAUACAGAAAUAAUGAAAAUUAACUACAAUACAACAAAACAACUUCAAUUAGAACAAAAGAAACAAUUCGAUGAUUUUAUCGAAAAAUAUAACAAGAAAGGAGAACACAGAGCUGCUAAAAGGGAACGCAGAAAUAAAGAGAAGACUAAACAAGAUCGGAAGAACAACAAGACUAUAGCUGAGUUCAACAAAUCUAUGGCAGAAGCUGCGAAUCAAAGGAAGGGCAUCAACAAGUGCUACUGCGACCGACAAUGUUACAUAGCCAAGUGUGAAAAACCACGCAUUACGAAGAAAGCUGCAAAAGAAACUGUUGAGCCGCCGGUCAAAGCAGCCGCAACGUCUCCAUACUUCCAACCACAACACAGGCUGAUAGCAGAGCUAAGACGUCGCGAAAAGGAACCGAGUCCAUGGUCCGGCUCAGAUACCUUAGACUUGCAGUUCUUUAAGAAUGCGGAAAGAACUUUAAGCGAGUGCAAAAACAAAAUACCUGCGAGAAGAGUUAUUGAUGAAUACAGAAAAUCCAACGGAUUGAAUAGGAGCCUGAAUAACAAUUGA